AUGAUAUUGUUUACCGUUCAGAAGUUUUCUGCCUACAAUCUAACUGCUGGGAUUAUUGAAGUUGCCACAGUACUAACACUUUUCAUUUUUUCAGACGUUUCCUCCGACAGAAGAAAAGCUAGAAAGGCUUAUUUCACCGCCCCAUCCUCCGAACGUCGUGUUUUGUUAUCUGCUCCAUUAUCUAAGGAGUUGAGAGCUCAAUACGGUAUCAAAGCUUUGCCAAUUAGAAGAGAUGACGAAGUCUUAGUCGUUCGUGGUUCCAAGAAGGGCCAAGAAGGUAAGAUCUCCUCCGUUUACAGAUUGAAGUUUGCCGUUCAGGUUGAUAAGGUUACUAAGGAGAAGGUUAAUGGUGCUUCCGUUCCAAUUAAUUUACAUCCAUCAAAGCUUGUUAUUACGAAGUUACAUUUGGACAAGGACAGAAAGGCUUUGAUCCAAAGAAAAGGCGGUAAGUUGGAAUAA